CUUUUAGCUUUUGCCUUGUAAGUUACUUUAUAUAAGCGCAUUCAAACAACAUUAAUCAUACAAUUUUGGUUCCUUGUUGACUGAGGCUAACAGACAUUUACUUAUGCAAGCAAACAAAGACAACAUAAAUUUUUUGGCAUGCUUGCGACCAUAUUGUAGGGCAUUGUUAUCUGCACUUCUCGAUAACAGAGGCAGAAUCUCCUCUUGCUCAUCGUCCAGGGAAAAUGCUAUUCCAACUACAAAAGGGGUUUUGGUUGAGCAUAUUACACCUUCCAUUAAAAUAUCGCUAGUAACCUAAUCCCCAAGAAUUUCUUUAAGCUGUAGACUGGAAAAUUGUGAUGGUUAGGCUAGGGCUGUGUGAUAAGGCAGGGAAAUUCAAGAAAGGUGAGUACUAUUAUGUUUGGGUAUCAUGAUACUGUAGUCAAAUUGAGUGAAAAUAAUUUUAUUUGUAGAUGGGUGAGGACAUCUUGUUAUGCAGCAUGGCUUAUCAUAUUUUUGGAAGGAAAAUUAUGCAUUGAGGUUAAAUGUAGGGGGAUUUAUUUUUGGGAAUAGUCAAAGGUCCUUUGUUCUCUAAUCAUCUAAUGCUAUGAUACUUGUAUAACCAUUGAAGUUCUUCACUUCAGUAAAUGAGAUUCCAAUGGGAGAUCUUUUGUAUUUCUACAAUUGAGGAAAUUGUAGUUGGCCCGUCACACUUCGUAGCAAAUGUAGGGGAAUCAAUUGACAAAUGAUGAUUUUUUCUAGAGUGCAAUUGAAUUUUUUCCUAUAAGGGAUAUAUUUAUGAAGGUAAUUAUCAGUGAGUAUGUGGAGACAAUGUAAACACGAUGUUCCUGCCCCAUACAAGUGAAAGGAAAAUGGGAACCACAAAAACUUGGUUGUACAUUGUAUUAAGUAGUUCUAAGGGGCAACCCAUUUCCACUGUUAGUUGAAAUUAGAAGUUUUUUUCUUCUUCUUAUUUUCCUAGGAUAUUGUAGUUUCAUCAAAAGUCAUUAGCAAAACAUUGAAACAACACCAAGAAUAUUAUUUUUUCUGGAAGUCUACCUUUCUCGCAUAAAAGCGAUCUAGAUUUGUACACGUCGCGUACGUGGAAGGAUCGAACCAAUGGAAAGAAUCUACAAAACUCACCUUCUUUGGCCAAGUUUUCCACUAGAUUUUAGUGCGCUGAAUGUUUGUCUUUUCCUUGUAUGCAUCUGAGUACUUAAGGACCUCGUCAUUUUGGCGGCCGGCGUCUCUGUCAAUUGGUGGAAGACUCACACAUAUCGACUUCAAGGAAAAUGUCAAAACAAAGCAUCCUCAGUUGCUAUAUGAGUCAAAGUUGUAUAGAAUUUUGCAGGGAGGAACUGGAAUACCAAAUGUGAGGUGGUACGGUGUUGAAGGAGAUUACAAUGUUCUAGUCAUGGAUUUGCUUGGACCCAGUCUAGAAGAUUUAUUUAAUUUUUGCAGUAGGAAACUUUCCCUGAAGACAGUUCUGAUGCUUGCAGAUCAAAUGAUAAAUCGCAUUGAGUUUGUUCAUUCUAAAUCAUUCUUGCAUCGAGAUAUUAAACCAGACAAUUUUCUUAUGGGCUUGGGAAGGCGUGCAAAUCAGGUCUACAUAAUAGACUUUGGUCUGGCCAAGAAGUACCGAGACACUUCAACUCACCAACACAUACCUUACAGAGAGAACAAAAACUUGACAGGCACUGCAAGAUAUGCUAGCAUGAAUACUCACCUUGGUAUUGAACAAAGCAGGAGAGAUGAUUUGGAAUCUCUUGGAUAUGUCCUGAUGUACUUCCUAAGGGGAAGUCUUCCUUGGCAAGGGCUGAAAGCAGGAACUAAGAAGCAGAAAUAUGAUAAAAUUAGUGAAAAGAAGGUGUCAACAUCUAUUGAGGCUUUAUGCCGGGGUUAUCCUACUGAAUUUGCAUCCUAUUUCCAUUUUUGUCGUUCACUACGCUUUGAGGAUAAACCAGAUUAUGCUUAUCUGAAGAGAAUAUUUCGUGACCUCUUCAUCCGCGAAGGCUUUCAGUUUGACUAUGUUUUUGAUUGGACCAUAUUGAAAUAUCAGCAAUCGCAAAUCGCAGCUCCUCCUUCCCGACCUCUUGGCACUGGUGCUGGAACCAGCUCAGGCAUGCCCCCGGUUAUCCCUAGUGCAGAAAGGCCGUCAGGUGAGGAAGAAGGAAGACAACUAGCAGAUGCUUCUCGAAGGAGAUAUUCUGGGCCGCUUGUAAAUGCAGGAAGUUUGUCCAAGCAGAAGAGUCCUCUCAGAAAUGAUUCUACCAGCAAGAAUGCUAUGUUGCCAAGCUCCACUUUCCUGGGACGAUCAAGUGGAUCAUUGCGGCGAGGUCUAGUGUCUGGCAGCCGUGAGACUUCCAGUGUAGGAAAUGGCUCUGAUCCUACACGUUCUCGAGCGCCUGAGGCUAGUCCAGCGACCAUGCACAAAAUAUCAAGUGGACAGAGAAUCUCCCCUCUUGUUGGAUCAUCAGAUCCUACUAAACAUGCUUCAUCUGUCCCUGGUGUGAAGAACUAUGAAUCCACACUGAAAGGAAUCGAGAGCCUACAUUUCGAUGAGGAAGAGAAGGGUCACUAAUGAUUGGGAAUCCUUCCAUCACAUUCUUGUAAAUUUCUGACUUGUGGUAGAAUUGAAAGUAGAUUUUUUUAAAAAAAAAUGAAUUUCGGGUUGGAAAUUAGGGAUCUAGAGCGUGUGUUGGUAGCUAUAUAUAAAUAGAUAAUCUUAAAUGGUGCUAAUGCAUGAUGUGAGAUGGUUUCAAUACAAGCUCAUUGUCGUGCAUGUUUCAAAAUUGUGCUAUAAGACAUCUCCUUGUCCAGAUGAUGUAAAAAUGUAUAUUUAAAUGGUCCGCAGUUAUAUUUUAGUUGAAUGUCACUUGACAUUUCCCUUCAA